GUUCGAAUACUCUAAUUUCACAUGCUAAAAAACAACCAUGUUUUAGCUUUAUGAUAAUUUGUUCGAUUUCACUAAUUACAAUGGAUGUGUUAAAAAAAAAAAAAAAAUUACAUGAAAUUUAACCGUAGAUAGUGUCCUCUAUAAAAUGGUCGUACCUUUUUGAUGGGUUGAUUUCUCAAUUUCAUAAAACGAAUUGGCUGGAGAAAGAAUAUCUUCAAAAGGCUAAAAGGAAGAAGAAAGUCGAAGUUUGUUUGGUCGUCGUGUAAUGCAAGCAAGACAAAGGGUACAUAACUUAUAGGUUGGAAUGGGCCAAUAAUGGGCCGCUCAAAAACUAUCCUCUCUGCUAAACCUAAACCCUUUCUCGUAAUUGAUUCUCCAAGCAUCCUUAUGAAUCUUUGAUUCGUAGAAGACAAAUCACCAAAAGAUUCGCAAGUUGACAUAGCAGAGAACAUACGACACCGUCCUAGACACAAAAAAGAAUAACUCAAUUCAUUCGUAUAGGCUUUGUCUUGCCUCUUCUUAAAAACAUGUACACGUGUUUAAGUAUAAAUGCAUAUAUUUAGAUUCUACCAACAAAAUUAAAAAGAUUGGAAACAUGACAUCUGCGUAUCGUCCAAGAGUUAUUGUGAAUGGAACAAGAAGAACAAGAACGUUCCAUUACUUCUAUUGUCGUCAUUGUAGCCGUACCAUUAGGCUAAGAAGCUUUGGUCUAUAUGGUCCUAUAUGUCCUUUCUGUUCUAGAGAGAUCAAUCUUCACGAUGAGCUUGACAUUAUGAGGCCAAGCCGACCUUAUUGGGAUACCGAUACCGAUUGGAUCACUCUCCAUCUUAUCAACCCUCCAAGAAGUAACCGGUUCAAUCGUGAUGAUCUAGUUUAUAAUACCGACGAGGAAUUCGCUGAUGUUAUGCCUAGUGUACAAAUCGGUCCACCACCAGCCUCGCAAUCCGCCAUCGAGGCUGUAAGGACGGUGACAAUCACGGAGGAAGAUUUGGCGAAAGAGAAAGUUUGUGCGAUAUGCAAGGAGGAAUUUGAAGUUGGAGAGGAAGGAAAAGAAUUGAAAUGCUUGCAUUUGUACCAUUCAAGCUGCAUUGUGUCUUGGUUGAACAUUCACAACACUUGUCCCAUUUGUCGCUUUGAGGUUAACUUAGGUGUUCCCGAAAGUAACGUAGAUGAAGGAGGGUCUCACCACGUCGACAAUGAUCGAACAAAUCGGUUUCGGACUCGAGUUUGUUCUUUGUGGCCUCUCCGAAUGAUGAUUGAUUGGGUACAUAAUCUCAUAGAUAUAUGAAUAACAAACUCUUGACAAUAAAAUUAAAGAAUUGCAAACAAGAAUGUAUGAAACUAGGAAUAUUGACUACAAAUUAAGUUAAUUAUGAGAGAGAAAGGAGAAGAAACACAAAUAAAAAAGAUAAGAUAAAAAGGUUUGGGAAAGGAAAAAAAAACUAUAUAAAGAGGCAAAGUUGGUGAAAAGGCUAGAAUCGGCGUUUAUGGAACAUUUCAUGAAACAAAACUUUGGCAUUAACAAGACUAUAUAUGCAUUAAUUAUCUUUUAUUCAUUUGUUAAGUUGUAAUUAACAACAUGUAAAUAAAAAAUCUUGGUAAAAUCUUGCUUUGUCUCCCUCUCUUUGUUUCUUUCUCUCUGGUGAUCAUUGAAGACAUUUUAGUUGGUACGUUUUGAAUACCCUCACCAACCCUUUUUAUUUGCCGGUUAUCUUAUUUUUGGUCUGACUUUGUAAAGCCGGGUUUGUGCCUUCUCGGUUUGGUUUUCUGUAACCUCCAUUUAGAGCUUUCCAUGGACUUCUCUACUAAAGACUUGGGAUGAGUCUUGUUGUACCUUCUUUUAUUCUCAUGCAUUCAAUAGUGAAAUCU